UUCUUCCAAAUCCAAGAAUAAAACAUAUCCGCACAAUCCCAACAAUUAUGUCACAAUCUACGCAAUGAAACGUCAAAAUUAACAUGGAAGAACAACCACCGCCACCACCACCAUCUCAGGCGCCAAUCGCCGCCGCAGCCGAUGAAAACACCAUAGACAACCUCCCGGAAACCCUAAUUCUCCACAUCCUAUCCUUCCUCCCAACUCUAGACGCAGUCACAACAAGUUUAGUCUCAAAAAAAUGGCACAAAUUAUGGACAAUGAUACCCUCGCUCAACUUUUCUUUAACAAAUUUCCCGCCUUACAAAACCCCGUCCACCACCCGUAAAUUCUUCGCCAAUUUCAUCGACCGCACGCUCAUCUCACGUGCGCAUUCCCCUCCCUCCACACUCCGCCUCGAUUUCAUCUACGAGGAGCGGUUCAAGUUCCAUGUCGAUUCUUGGGUUCGUUACGCGAUCAACAAUCACGUGCAAGAAUUAGGGUUUGAUUUCUUCAUUGACCGGUCUUUUUUUCAAAAUGAGCCGUUUUUACAUGAGGUUGAUUUUUAUGAUUUUCCGUUGAGUGCUUUAAAAGAUGGGAAAAUUAGGGUUUUGAGAUUGACCCGUUGCGAUUUGUAUUUUCCUUUAAGUGUACGGAGUUUGAAUCUUUGGAUGCUGAAGUCGGUUUAUCUUGAUCAGGUUUUUUUGAGUGAUCAAAUGUGUUUGGAUUUGAUGAGCGGGUGUUUUAAUUUGGAGUUUUUGGAGCUGGAGAGUUGCUAUGGGAUGAGUAGUUUAAAGAUUAGUUCGAGGAGUUUGAAGGAGUUGGAGAUUAAGCAUUUUAUUCGUAAUGACGAGGAAUUUGAUUUGGAGAUUGAUUGUGGUAGUCUUGUUAGGUUGAAUAUUGUUUGGUUCGAGGUUAAGAAUUGUUGGUUUAAGAAUUUGUUGAAUUUGGUUCAUUUCGGUACUGAUAUUGGGCAUAAGAAUGGCCUGUAUUAUCGAUACUGGAGUAAGAUUGUCGGUUUGCUUGAUCAAAUUCCGCAAAUCGAGAGUCUUGCGGUUCAAAAUUGGUGGCUAAAGUUGGAUCCAAAGAAAGCUUUCUCGAAAGACUUUCAACUCUACCAUCUCAAGCACUUAGAGCUACAAACAGGGUAUACGCAAUAUGAUCUUCUCGGUAUGGAAGCCUUGCUUGAACUUACUCCCAAUGUGGAAACAAUGAUCUUUGAUUAUUUAUAUAAGAUCGAUGAAGAUGAGAGCUUGUCGGAAGAUCUAGCUAACAAACCAAUUAUUCUAAGCAUGCCAAAUCUCAAGGAGGUGAAGAUGAAAGAAUUUACCGGAACAGAAAAUGAAGUUAAAUUUUUGGAACUCUUAAAGAAGCAAGGAGCGGUGCUAGAGAAAAUCGUUAUUGUUCCUGCAGAAGUGGGCGACACCAAAUAUGCUCCAAUAGUUUUGCGUAGAAGGCGAAGGAAUACUGAGAUUGCAGAGACCAUCUCCACAUAGAGAAGUAAAGCCUCAGUAUUGAAAUAGUUUCUUACUGAAAAGAUAAUUUAGAGAUUGCAAGCACUCAAAUUGGUUAACUAUGUCCAUUUUUUUUUUCCGGACGUGCAUCUUCUUCGGUGCUAAUGAGUAAUGGCCCUUUUUAUUUUCUUUUUAUAAUUUGUUUUCUUUGGGUUUAUUCUUUUUGGACUUCUAUAUGGGGUUUACAAUAUGUUGGCGUUUGUGUCGUAGACUAGUGAUGCUUCAUUUCAUUUAGUUCCAAUGAGAGCCAAGAAUGGAAAUUAAGGUUUACAUUUAUUUUCCUUUCUCAUGGAGAAUAUGUUAUGUAUAUAUGGCGGUUCUCAACAAA